AUGACGAGCACUAGUACUAGUUUCUGCAAGAAUGCCCUGGUUCUGCUACUACUGAGCUCUUUGGGAUAUUUCUGUAGUACUGCUGCUGAUCCUACUGAUGGGUUCACCCGUGUGUCGCUGACCAACAACAACUUCAAGUUGCAGAAACCGUACGACAAAUCUGUGGCGGAGCGCUACAGCAAAGUCGAUGGAGUCGAAACCUUCAAGGUUUACACGAAUGACAAGCCCUUUGAACAAGGCAGUCCAACCAGGCCACGCACAGAAAUCAGAGUUACAGGAUAUGACUACACUUCCGGCGUCUGGCAAUUCGAGGGCAGUUGCUACGUGCCGUCGCCUACCACCGGCGUUAUAAUAAUGCAGGUCUUCGGGGCGGCCGAUGAAGCUACGACUCUGCAACUAAGGAACAUCAAUGGAGAUUUGAUGUACUACAACAAGAAUGUGGUCGUGAGUAAUGUCUACAAUAAGUGGGUGAGGGUGAAUGUGAUUCACAAUGUUGGUGCAAAAAAGGUUACCAUUUUUGUCGACGGUGUCCAGAAAAUGGUGAUGGAAGACCACGGUCCAGACACACAUUACUUCAAAUAUGGAGCUUAUGCAGCUUUAACUGGUUCAAGUAACUACAUGGAGUCAAGGUGGAAGGGAAUCAAAAUCUUCAAGAAAUGA